AUGAUCCCGAUGAAGCAAUCCCAGGAAAACCGCGUCUGUGACAGACGUGUUUCUGCGAUCCAUCACGGUGACCCUUCAAUUGCGCGGUUCAGGCAUCCUGGCUACAUGCACCCUCUAUUGACCGUUGAGAAGCACCCGAAAUGCGCAGAGCUAAUCGAGAAGCUGAAGCGAUGCCACGAGGAGCACCCCAUUGCCAAGUUCUGGAACGUGUGCAGCGGCAUUAAGGUGGAGCUGGACGCGUGCUUCAGACAAGAGAAAGUGGAGCGCAGAACCGUGAAUCUCAAGGCCAGCAGGGAGUUUAGGGAAAGGCUGAGGGAGCAGAAGGCAGCAGAUGAAGCAGCAGGAGUGCCCAGAUGGACUGAAACACUGAGGCAGCAGGAGGGAUCUAAAUCAUGA